AUGACGCCAAACACCUGCUUUUACGCAACUUCAUGCCUCCCCGAGGAGGAUCGAAUGCGGAUAACUCGCUUCGGUCAGGGACCUACGGUCGUGGCUCCUUACUCCUUGGUACAUGAAGCUUUCCAAAACAUUGCCCAAGCUCAUCCCACAACAAUUGCUGCCACAGUUGCUGGCAACUCUCUUACAUACCAGCAAUUGGACGAAUCCGCGAACCAACUCGCCCACCGCCUUAUCCAUGCGGGACUCGAGCCACGACAACGAGUAUGUCUCGUUUUACAGCGAUCUUUUGAGAUGCUUGUUGGCAUAUUUGCCAUCCUGAAGGCUGGAUGCCAAUAUGUGCCAGUCGACGGAGGAGUAGCGUCCGAAGUUGCCCUAACACAUAUCCUCAACGACUCUGGUGCAACUUUUGUGCUCUGUCUUCCUCGAUACUUGGAAAGAUGCACAAAACUUGCCAAGAAAGCCACAACUAUUAUUGCUCUAGACAACAGUGUUGGCGCGUCUUUCCCUUGCACACGCCCAUCAGUUCAGGUUUCCCGCUACGAUGGCGCGUACGCCAUCUAUACGUCUGGAAGCACCGGUACGCCCAAGGGUGUUGAUGUUGCGCAUUCAAAUGUCACAAAUGCACUGUUGUUGGAGCCCGCGCGACUUGGUAUAACAGUGGGGUCCAAAGUUGCUCAGGUUCUCAGUGUUGCUUUUGACAUGGGAGCAUGGGAGAUACUCGCAACCCUGAUGAACGGUGGUACUUUGUACAUGCGAGGUUCCGAUUGGUCGGCCACACUCAAGCAGGUUGAUACCCUUAUUUCUACACCAUCCAUUCUGUCAAAGUAUCAGCGACAGUCUUACACAAACAUCAAACACAUUGCAGUCGGCGGUGAACCCUGUCCCCAGGCACUUGCUGAUGAGUGGGCACAAGGCUCGUCCUUCUACAACAUUUGCGGGCCCACAGAAAUCACUAUCCUCAACACUGCACACCUACAUACCCCUGGCGAAACGCUAUCUAUUGGGAAGCCUUUGCCCAACACAAGAUGCUACCUUCUUGACGAGAACGAAAACCCUGUCCGUGUAGGAGAAAAGGGUACUAUGUGGGUAGGCGGAGCUGGUGUGACUCGCGGCUACAUCAAUCUGCCUGAACUCACUGCUAAACGCUACAAAGCCGACAAAUUCGCCAACGAUGGAUCGACAAUGUUCAACACUGGUGAUAUUGCACGAUGGAGAGAGGAUGGCUCGCUUGACAUGCUGGGCCGCGAAGAUGACCAAGUCAAGAUCAAGGGCUUUCGUGUCGAACUUGACGGAAUCAUUGCCGUCAUUGAAGCUUUUCCCGCUGUCAGGCGAGGCGCAGUGAUGCUCAUCGACAAUGUACUUUGCGCCUUCUACGCACCGCAAAGCCCAGUAGACGAAGCAGAACUUGUGUCCUACGUAAAGAAGCAUCUGCCGUAUUACUCUGUCCCAGAAAGGUGGACUCUGAUCGAAGCGCUGCCACUUACCAACAACGGAAAGGUCGACCGGAAAGCUUUGCGUGCGAUGGUUCAAGACGAGCCACGCACAGAACUCGCUACGACAAUGCCCAAGGAUGCUACCACUGUCAUUACUCUAGAGACACAGUCUAUGAUGACACCCUCGAUGGAUUCUCUGAAGAGUGGAGAAAAGAAGGGUACCGCCACAAUCAUCAGUACAUCGGAGCAGAGUAUUGUUUCCGCCAACCAAUCCUCGGAAAAACUACCAGAGGCUCUGCCACCAAAGAACAGCUACCACGGUCUGCGCUGGCUCCAGUAUCGCGCACUCAUUCUCUAUCGGCGCUUUCUAUCUGUCGUUGCAUUGGUAAAUAUCGGAGUGGCGGUGUUUCUGUUGAAGCGCCGAAUUGGGGAUAACAAGGACAUUCUGCCCGAUUUGGCUAUAGCGACAGCCGCCAACCUCGUCGUAGCCGUCAUGAUGCGCUGGGAACUUGUCGUAAAUCUUCUCUUUACCGUUUUUUGCUCCGUUCCGACUUUCUUUCCUCUGGCCAUACGCCGUCAAUGUGCAAAGGUCUUUCACAUCGGCGGCAUACACAGCGGAUGUGCCAUGUCAGCUAUCAUGUGGCAUCUGAUCUUCACCUUGGACAGUACCGUGGACCUAACGAAACCUCGACACAUGCGUCGGAUUUCUACGGCUCCAGUCGUAGUGUCGUGGCUCGCCUGCAUCAUUUUGCUCACUAUUGGCGGAACCUCCCACCCAACCUUCCGCGCCAAAUACCACAACAUCUGGGAAAUGACUCACCGGUUCGGUGGAUGGACAUGUCUGGGAUUACUAUGGACCCUGACCUUCCUUGCCACCAAAGACCUGAACCCAACAUUGUCUCCAUCAGAAGCGUAUCUGCGCUCUCCCUCCAUCUGGCUUCUCGCCCUCGCGACCACCGCUAUCGUCUUUCCAUGGGUGUUUCUACGCAAAGUCCCUGUACGCUCCGAGGUUCUCUCGAGACAUGCUGUCCGUCUUUGGUUCGAGUACACGACACCCACUGUUGGCACUGCCGUAAGGCUUGCCGAACGUCCUUUGGUUGACUGGCACGGCUUUGCCACCAUUACCAACCCCAACGGCAAAGGAUUCUCGCUUAUUGUCAGCCGUGCUGGCGACUUCACAGGCCGCACGAUUGACCGCGCACCAUCUCAGAUCUACGUACGCGGUAUCCCAGCCUGCGGUGUCCUGCGCAUCGCCACCCUGUUCAAAUCGGUCGUGCUAGUUGCAACCGGCUCAGGCAUUGGACCAUGUCUUGCCGUCAUUCUCGCCCAAAAAGUGCCAUGCCGCAUCUUGUGGACUGCACCAAACCCCGAAGAGACUUUUGGUCAAGAAAUCAUCGACAGUGUCAAAUCGACAGACUCGCAAGCCGUCAUCUGGAACACCAGAACCCAAGGAAAGCCCAACAUGUCCUUGUUGGCGUACCAAAUGUGGAAGGAGAGUCGAGCAGAGGCUGUAUGCAUCAUCAGCAACAAAAAGUUCACGACCAAACUUGUGUACGAUAUGGAGACUAGGGACAUUCCGGCCUACGGUGCCAUUUUCGAUUCGUAA